AUGGGUAGAAGGAACUCGACCAGUGUACCUAGCUUCAUCCUCAUGGGGCUGAUGGACUCUGAAGAGACACAGCUGGUCCUUUUCUUGCUCUUUCUCCUGAUUUACCUGAUCACAGUGCUAGGGAAUGUGGGGAUGAUACUGUUUAUUGGCCUGGAUCUCCAGCUUCACACCCCCAUGUACUUUUUUCUCACUCACUUGUCAUUUCUCGACCUCAGCUACUCAAAUGUCAUCACCCCUAAAACCUUACAGAACUUACUGACUUCCACCAAGAGCAUCUCAUUCCUGGGCUGCUUCACCCAGAUGUACUUUUUUGUUAUCUUUGUUGCUGCCGAAUGUUUGCUUCUCUCCUCCAUGGCCUAUGAUCGCUAUGUAGCUAUCUGCAAUCCCCUGCACUAUCCAGUCAUUAUGUCCACAAGACUGUGCUGUGCCCUGCUCACUGGGUCCUAUGUGAUUGGCUUUGUGGGUUCCACUGUCAAUGUGGUUUUCAUGAGCAAACUGCAUUUCUGCAAGUCUAAUGUCAUCCAGCACUUUUUCUGUGACAUAUCCCCAAUUUUAGCCCUGUCCUGCAGUGACACAUUUGAGGUUGAACUCAUUGUAUAUAUUUGUGGUGGAUCCAAUUUAGUGGCGUCCUUCAUUAUCAUAUCUGGAUCCUAUAUGUCCAUCCUCUCCACUAUUCUAAAAAUUAAUUCCACUGCUGGAAAGAAGAAAGCCUUCUCCACCUGUGCCUCUCAUCUCCUGGGAGUCAUCAUCUUCUACAGCACUAUGAUAUUUACUUAUCUGAAACCAAAGACGUCCUACUCCUUGGGAAGGGAUCAGGUGGCUUCUGUGUUUUACACGAUUGUGAUCCCUAUGCUGAACCCUCUCAUUUAUAGUCUCAGAAAUAAGGAGGUGAAAAAUGCUGCUGUUAGAAUCCUGCAGAAGAGAGAUACCUGCAGGAAACUAAAAUAACAAUGAUGCUAGGCAUUUAAACUUGUCCACUUGUUUUUGUUUUUUCUUUUUUCUGGGAAAUUCUUUGUUCUCUUAUGUAAAUAGCUGAUAUUUUAUCCUCUCCACUUGCCCUUGACUUAAUCAUAGACAUUUCAAAGGACAUUUUUUUUCAAAUUCACCUUGGAAUUUUCACUCUAGUUCAACUGUUAAAUCUAUCAUGUAAUAAACCUGUGAUUUAAAGGCAA